UGGGAUUUGUUCAUUUUUAAGUGAUAUUUGAGUUUUUCAAAUUUCUUAUUGAUCCUAAAUUUGCAACACCAGUUCCUGUUUGACCUCUGUUUAAACCCUAGAAAACCCUCUGUUUUUCUGGAUAUUGUUUUUACUUUUCUCGGGAAUUAAUUGAUAUCUUUGUUUUUUAAGAACUACCCAAACCUUUAAAAUGGAAAAAUAUGAUUUAAGAAGCUUCCCUGAGCUUAUAUCAGAGCUGGUAGCCUCAGUUGAAGAGGUAUCAUCGAUUGCAAAAGACUCAGAAAAGGAACUUUUCAUUGAAUUUUCAUCUCUUCUCAAUAAACUUGGCUUGAUUUUGAGUGAUAUAAAAAAUAACGAAGAUGUCAUGGACACGGUUACGAUCCGAAAAGUAAUCAAAUCCAUCUGGAAAGAGCUUCAGCGUGUUAAGACCUUGAUCAAAAGCACCGAUUCGAAACAACCGAUUUUAUGGAUCGACAAUGUGAUGCAAGAUCUUGGGAGAUCAUUAGGCCUUGUGUUGUUUGCUAGCAUUGAUCUUCAUUCGGAGAUGAAAGAAAAGAUUAGCGCAUUGCAUAAGGAAUUCAUGAAUGUGAGGUUCAAUGGAAGCUUUACCCCAAGUCCCAGUUCAGGUCCGAGCUCGAGAAUGAGCCGGCCUCCUAGUCCAUGCAAUGAAGAUGAGUUCGUCUCAGCCACUGCAUCAGAGAAGGAAAUCGAGGAAGAAAUAACAGAAAUUGAAGAGGAACGAGCGAAUCUUUCGAUCGACGAUGUUGUCUUGCAACUUAAGUAUGGCAUUGAUGAAGAUUUUAACUUCGCGCUUUCCGGGUUCAACGAGUCGAUUAAGCAAGGGUUGAUCACCAAUGAUUGGAUAAAUGAGGAAGGCAUUAUUCUGGUUCUAGUUAAUAGGUUGAGUUCAUGUAAGCCGAACAACCGCUUGAUUAUUCUUCAGAUAUUGCGAAAACUUGCUUCCCAAGAUUCCGGAAACAAGGAGAAGAUGGUCGAUGUGGCAUCCUUAUCGGCAUUGGUGAAAUCAUUGACCCGAGACUCAGAAGAGAGGAGAGAAGCUGUAGGAUUGUUGCUAGAUCUGUCGGAUCUUCCGGCAGUUUGGAGGCGGCUUGGCCGAAUUCAAGGAUGCAUUGUUAUGUUAGUUACUAUGCUUAAUGGCGACGAUUCGAUUGCUUCGAGCAAUGCAAGGAAAUUGUUAAAUGCAUUAUCCAGCAAUACACAGAAUGCGCUUCAUAUGGCCGAGGCCGGCUACUUUAAGCCGUUAGUGCACUAUUUGAAGGAAGGCUCCGACAUGAGUAAGAUCCUCAUGGCGACUGCGCUGUCGAGAAUGGAACUAACAGAUCAAAGUAGGGCUACCCUCGGAGAAGACGGAGCUGUUGACCAUCUAGUGAAGAUGUUCAAUGCUGGAAAGCUUGAAGCAAAAUUAUCAGCUUUGAAUGCAUUGCAAAAUUUGUCAAAUAUGUCGGAAAAUAUACAGCGGUUGAUCAAUUCGGGUAUAGUGAUAUCUCUACUUCAGCUACUUUUCUCCAUCACAUCGGUGCUCAUGACUCUCCGGGAGCCGGCUUCAGCGAUUCUUGCCCGAAUAGCACAGUCGGAAUCGAUUCUUGUUAAUCAAGAUGUAGCACAGCAAAUGUUGUCUCUUUUAAACCUCUCAAGUCCUAUAAUUCAAUACCAUCUUGUGCUAGCAUUGAAUAGCAUUGCAGGCCAUAGUAAUGCAUCAAAGGUUAGAAGAAAAAUGAAGGAAAACGGUGCGAUUCAGCUUCUUCUACCAUUUCUAACCGAAAGCAACACGAAAAUCAGGACUGGAGCGUUGGAUUUGCUUUACACACUCUCGAGAUAUUUACCUGAAGAAAUGACCGAACAGCUAGGAGAAAGCCACUUGAACAUCAUUGUUAACAUCAUAUCAUCAUCACCAUUGGAGACUGAUAAGGCUGCUGCAGUUGGCAUACUGAGCAACGUACCAAUUAGCAAUAAGAAAGUGACAGAAGUUCUUAAGAAAGCCAAUUUGCUACCAGUUUUGAUAUCCAUGAUGAAUUCGAGUCCUUCAACCGUAUCGUCAACAUCGAAUUCAUUAGCAGAAGCUGUUGCGGGCAUACUUAUCCGGUUCACGGUUCCAUCGGACAAAAGACUACAGCUUCUCGCAGCACAGAACGAGGCAAUCCCAUUGCUGGUGAAGUUACUGUCGUCCGGAUCAUUGGUCGCCAAAUGCCGAGCUGCGACCGCACUCUCGCAGCUAUCCCAGAACUCAGUAUCACUUCGGAAGUCAAAAAAAUCGAGCUGGUUCUGCGUCUCUCCGUCGGCGACCGCAAUCUGCGAAGUCCACGACCGGUACUGCAUUGUUAAAAACACGUUCUGUUUGGUCAAAGCAGGAGCCAUUCCGCCAUUGGUGCAGAUCUUGGAAGGCAAAGAAAGGGAAGCUGAUGAAGCAGUUUUGAACGCGAUGGCGACGCUUCUGCAAGACGAAAUCUGGGAAAAUGGAAGUGAUUGCAUUGCUAAAAACGGAGGCGUUGAAGCGAUUAUAAAGAUGAUGGAAUCUGCGAGUGUAAAGGCUCAGGAAAAAGGGCUUUGGAUAUUGGAAAGAGUUUUCCAAGUGGAAGAACACAGAGUGAAGUAUGGCGAAUCUGCGCAAGUUGUGCUCAUUGAUUUAACUCAAAAUGGUGACCCGAGGUUAAAAUCAACCACUGCAAAAUUGUUGGCUCAGCUUGAACUCUUACAAGUUCAGUCCAGUUACUUUUGAGACUAUGAUUUAAGGUUUUGUAAAUGAAUGGAUUUUGGAGAACAAAUUUGUAUUCUAUAUUUAUUUGUUGGUUUUAUAA